GCCAGGAGGAGGAGGAGAGGAGCACAGGGCGUACAAACACUCUUUCGUUCCCAAUCUUUUCCCAUCCAAUGUGCCUCUUUGGGGGACUCAGAAGGAAAGCUUUUUGAUAUAGAGACAGAGUGAGUGGCAGGUCGUGAGUGGUGACUCGGCUGGGGGCGUCCGCUGUCCACGAGGUGGCACGGGAUGAAACACCAUCGAUCAUCAUUCAAGCUAUUUCAGAUCAAGGGUUAGGAAGAAGACAAAUCAAGUAGCAGGUGUAGAAGAAUAGCAGCAUGGCUGUGGAAAGCUUCUCUGAGCUUUUGCAGAAACUGCGGGACGUCCAUGAACACGAGUCAGAAGGAUGGCAGGAAAAAUUGGUAGAACUCACAAAUAAAAAGAAUAUUGAUACAAAGCGCAUGGAGGAACUUUACAACAGGAACCAGCAGCUUAGAGAACAGCAACGGAUGCUGACUGAGAACAUCAAACAGCUGGAAAACAGGUUGCGAGCCGGGUUGUGUGACAGGUGUACAGUCACUCAGGACGUGGCUAAAAAAAGACUGCAGGAGUAUGAAAACUGUCAACUGCAGAGUUUACAGCAUAUCUCUAUCCUGGUGAGUGAGAUGAAUGCACUUAAGAAAGAAAAUGACAAUCUGAAAGAAGAGGUAAAGAGCCUGAGGGAUCGUACAAAUCGGCAGAAUGGUCUUUCAGAGGACACGAUCGCUCCAGAGGUCAAGAUGUCACCUGACACAGCAGUGGCUGCAAUGAGUCUACUGACCUCAGCGUUAAAGUCUAGCCAGCCACCACCAGGGGACACCACUUUACCUGCAGCCACUGUCAAGCGUGAGACCGAAAACAGUCCAACUGAAAGUCUGGAUAAAUCGUCUGAACACAAACUUAUGCAAAGCUGGGCCAGGGCAUUUUCAUUCGAGUCCAACAAGCCCAUAUUGUAUGGAUCGGAAAGAAGAGCUGCCAGUGUGGAGUCGGUGGAGCAGGGACAUUCCCCUUUAUCUCCUUCACUUACAUCUGCCCUUGGUCUCCUGAAGAGCAAUUGUGUUUUUUCAUCUGCUGCCCCCGAGGAACGGAGCAACCGGCAACAAAUCCAUGCCCCUGUCCCUUUCCGGCCGCUUCCAAUGCAAACCGGUCACCUCCCCUGGCCACUCUCAGAUUCCACGGAUUGGGUAACAGUAACAUCAGCCGCCUCUGGUGUUACUGGCGGUAUGGCAAUUCACCCAAGCCAGACCCAAAUUUCAGGCUCACCUAUCCUGCAUGUACCCAAACAGAUCCCUCCUAUCAACGGCCUCCUGUCUCGCUCGCAUGGCCCGAGCCCCAGCAGCCUGCGGUCUUGGUCAGAUCGGCCUCCGCGCAGAAGCCUCUCAGAGCAUGUUGACAGUAGAGAAAAGAGAGUUGCAGGAGGAGAAGCUGUUACAGCACCGCCCCAGUGGAGGGCUUCGACGGGGCAGCCGGAAAGGAUUUUCGGCGAGAACCUCAGAAAGGAACAGGAGGAAGAACCGCUGGACCUGUCUGAAUCAGGACGCUCCAAAAGCAAAGAGCAAGAGAAAACACAGAGCGACACAUCUUCUUCAUCUUCAUCUUACUCACCACCUGCUCCACUUUCAUCAUCAUCUCAAUACCCGUCAAGUCCUCAAAGUGACCUGCAGACAGCAGACCAUAUUACACAGCAUAGUUUGUCCCAUCGUACACAGGAAGAAGCAACACAGGACAAAUGUAAAGAACAAGAAGAAGUACUCAAAGAUGAAAGUUCUCCCGCAGCUGAGACAUCUAUGAACUCAGACAACAGGAAAAUCCCAUCAGUCACCAUUUCGCUCCAACCAGUUGUGCUUAUGGAGUCACUUAAAUCUGGAGGACAGAAGGGUAAGGUUGCUGAUCCUGGGAGCAAACCGGUAGAGCAGGAGGAGAAGGAGAACAACGACCAUGAAACAGGCAGAAAAAGACCAGGGCAGGAUACUGAUGCUCUUUCCCAGCGACCACUAAAGGAGAAGAAAUUACGAUUGAGGCGAGGAACCUCAGGAAACCACGCAGAACUAGAGCAAACAUGAAGGCAGUAUACUAAGGUCAAGUUACUAGUCUUCCAGCCAGCCAUUUUGUCCAAUGGCUGUCAAGUUUAGCCUCCAAAAUCUCUGACAAAAUCUCUUCAGUCUUUCCAAAACACCAACAGUACACUCUUAAAAAUAAAGGUGCUUCAGUUCACGAUGCCAUAGAAGAACCUUUUUGGUCUGAAUGGUUCCAUAAAGAACCUUUAACAUCUGAAGAACCUUUCUGUUUCACAAAGGGUUCUUUGUGGCAAAAAAAGGUUCUUCAGAUUAUAAAAAAGAGAUGCUUCUUUAAAGCACCAUUGACUGUUCUUUCGAACCAAAAAUGGUUGUUCUAUGGCAUUGCUGUGAACAACCUUUAACCACCUUUAUUUUUAAGAGUAUAGACACCACAGCUUUGUCACAUAAAGCUCAUUUUCAAACAGAAUUCAUACUUCAUGGGGUGUGAAUAUACUAAGCUGUGCCACUGAGAAACUGUCAACAACAAAAGAGGCAAAAGAAAAGAAAGAUACAUUCUGUAUCUGCCUUGUAGAAAAAAAGUGUUAGCAUUAAACUGCUUUAGCAUCUGUCAAUUACAAACAGCUGUGUAUGACAUAAAGCAACAUGCACACUUCGCAAAAUUAAGAGAACUGACACACAGUUCACCCUCAAGGCAAAAUAAAAUUAGAUCUUGUGUUAGAUCCAGGAACCAAACUUCCUUUUCUGUAAAUAGUGGUGUUUCAGAAUGCUCUUUCAGCUCUGAAGAGCAUUUGUAUUUGACUCUUCAUUGGAUAUCUUUGGCUGGACCUAAACAGGAAGCCAGUAACUGCUAUCUUCACUGACAAGAGGCUGUCAAUGAAUUAUCAACAAAAUAUUCUUUCAAUUUUGGUUUAUACCAUGAAUAAUUGGAAUUGUACAUAGCCUAUACCUGUUUAUAUACUUCAGUUGUAUUGUUUUUACCAUUUUAAUAUCCUUGCUCAGUUUGUUUUCAUUUGUUCUUCUGUGUAAAACUGCCUGUCACUGUUUAAGCAUUAUGUCCUGCUGCUUGUAGAUGUGACAAAAACCCUCUGCUUCCCCUUUUGCCUUUUUUCAAGCUGCCGAGCAUAUAUUUUGUAAUAGCGAAUUUUCCACUUGCAGCAGUGCUUUGAGAGUGCAAAAGGCGGAAGGAUAAAACUGUGAAAAUAUACAGUACUAAUAAUAGGCUACUUUCUGUUUUUACUCUUAAACCACACGAGGUCACACUGUUUUUAACAUUAAUGCAUACAUUCAGAGUGGAAAUCUGAACACGUAGAUUCCUACAACUUUUGCAAAUGUAAAACUGACGUAAUUUAGGUAUUUCUUAUAGCUUGCCAAGCUUCCCAAAGCACUUUUAAAACAAGCAAAUAUUUGUAAUGUAAUGCCUUUAACAUACUCAUCCUGCUUUUGAAUCACUGGAAAAAAAUGACUAGAGCACAGAUUACUGUAUAUAUUUGAAUAAAAAUCUGAAAUAAGCCGUCCAAUUCUCUGAAUGGUGAAAAUGAAUGUUGUACACAUUUUAAUGUAGAAACAAAAUAAAUGGUCCACAGAC